AUGUGGAAGGGAUGUGCUAAAGCAUCCAUGAGCCAAUACUGUCGUAAAAAACGAUUCUACGCAGGGUACUUGGCAAAAUAUAUGUUUUUAAAAUCAUGUCGAUUACAAAAUGUUGACCCUCUAACAGAAUUUUUUCAGUUGUGUUUCAUAGUAUAUGACCCUGUCGAUGGAGUGAGAGCCGAUAAUGUUGAUGAGUCUGCAGAGUCGGAAACUGGCACCGACUCUGAGAUAGAAUCUGAGGACGAAUCCCAAACAGUUUUUUUUUUAGUUUCAAAAUAA